AUGUUCAACUGGAUCGUUGCCUUUAGGAAUCCUCAAACACGCCUUCCGCAUUUGCUGUGCGUUAUAACUGGACGAGGUCCAUUGCGUUCACAUUAUAUGGCAAAAAUUGAGCACCUACAAAUGCAGCAAGUUGAAAUUCUAACGCCAUGGUUGGAAUCUGAAGAUUAUCCGCGUUUACUGGGUGCUGCGGAUAUUGGUGUUUCGUUACAUACGUCCACAUCUGGUAAUAAGCCUUCAAAUUUGGAUUCGAUUGGAUUUACCGAUGAAAGUNNUAUCAAAUCACUUUCGUGCGGAUUUCCUAACUACUCAACGCAGCUGCGUACACUGGCGAGUAAUUUAGAAUCAGAUCCGUUAAUAUCGUGGGAUAAAAAUUGGGAUGCAUGCAUAUGGCCGUUGAUUUGCACUUACGGAGCGCCACCCUAUGAUGAGGUGGCAAGACGUCAACGGUUCGCUGUGACGGAUAUUCCGGAAAAGUUGAGUGCAAAGACGAGUGAGGAGGAACAUUUGGAAGUUGCUGAAAGCAGUGAUGCGGAGUUUGAUAAGGUUGAUGGGAAUGAGCAAAACAGCAAUCAAGAUAUUAGUGAGGAGAAUAUUGUGGCAUUAGAUGAGGACAACAAGACGACUGAUCAGCGAACUGAUGAUGUCGAUGAGAAAGCACUAAACACUAGUCAUCCUGAUGAAGAUAUUCUAUCACAGAAUCCCACUGAAUCACCUAAUGAAGAUCUGAAUCAAUCAGAUCAGGUAACGAAAUCACCAUCACCUGAACCAAAAGGUGAGCAGCCAACUGAACGAAUCGAGACUGUAGACCAGGAUCAACACGAAGAUCAUGGUCAUGGUCAGCCGAGUGAAAAGGAUGGCGAAUCCGAAGUGGAGAUGCCGAAAGAUUCGUCAAGAAACGAAGAUAUUACAGAGUUGAGCGAUUCACCCAGCAACGAUAAGAGAGAUGAUUUGACUGAUGCUUCGAAGUGA